UCAUCUUUCUAGUUUGUGCGAAUACAGAGUUUGUAAAGAAGGAGACUUGUGGCGGUGUUCAAACUUCAGAGCUGAACUUGCACCUUCUUUCUGCAACACACACAACACAAUUCAAUUUCUUCUUCCACUUUGAUUCCCGUUUUCUCUCUAUUUUUUCCGAAUUCUCUCAUAAUAGGAAGAGACCAUGAAAUCCGGCAGAGACAAAGAGAAAGAGAACGAUCGCUGCAUCAGUUCGCAUAUGCAGACUCUCCAUCGCCGUCUUCUCCAGGCCCUAAACCUUGGCACCAGACAUUUUGAUGAGAAGACAAAUAGGUGGAGGUGGCAGUGCGCCAACAUUGAAGUGCAGAAAAAUGUGCUACGAUCAAUUGGUGCCUUUCUUGAUUCCUUAUCGGGAGAUGCACGUGCUGCACGUAAUGCUGUUGUUAAGGAAUCUGUUCCUGAUAUUUUGGGAGCAUUAUUAUGGAUUCUUCAAUGCAAAAGUGAGGCUUUAUUAAGCAUGGCAUUAAAUGUUGCUGUGAAGUUGGUUAGUGUUCUGCCUAAUCCAUUAUUGCAAUCACAUAUGUUGGAUCUUGUUUAUUGUCUAUCAUCCUUGCUAUCUUCACAUCAAGUAGAAGUUGCUAUACCCUGUGCUACCACUUUGAAUUUUGUAAUCUCAAAUUUGAAUGCUACAAGUGAGAAGGAAGUUAUGGAAGCACUGAAAGAAACAGAGGCGUCCCUUCGGAUUGUUGGAAAUAUAAAGGAUUUUGCUGAAGGUGUAAAGAAAAUUGAGUAUUUUGAAGAGAUGACUUUACUUUUGAGCACAAUACUGUGGCGCUGGCAUCCGUCUAGGUUCCCUGUUUGUAAUGAUGUAGUACUUAUGAAAGUUUUAGCAAAUAUCCAUACAAAGGCAGAUAGUUCUAUUAAACUUGCACUUCUAAAGUUGUACACGUCUAUAGCUUUAUGUGAUUCUGCAGCAAGAAGACUUGUAGAGGAUGAAGAAGUAUUUCCUCAAAUGUUUGUGCAGGCAAUGGGAAAAUCAAACCCUCAUGCUAUUCGGAUAGAGGGGUUUAGGCUUGCUCAAUGCCUAUUGAGAUCCCAAGAUAAUUGUUUAAAAGUUGUUGGUUUGUGUGGUGAAGCUCUUGUUGAGGCCAUAAUUUGUGGAAUGACAGAAACUAGGCUGAGUUCUAAAAAAAUUGGAAACAACCAUGAGUCUUUGUCAGUGGAAGCUUGCCAGUUGGCUCUAAUAACUCGUUGGGCAGGUGAUCAUCAUACCAACUUUUGGAAACAAGGAAUUGAUAGAGUCCUUCUUAAUCUUCUGAUUGAAAAUAUUCAAGACCAAUUGUUUGAACCUGUCUUGUCUUUGGAAAAACAAAUAUAUAUGGCAAAAGAGGGAUUAAAAGCCAAUUGUCAUCUUGGUCUUAGGAGUUAUGUGUGGGACAUUCUUGGGUGGCUUACAAUUCAUUGUGGAGAAAAUUUAAACCCUUAUACUCGUGGUAGUGAGCUCUGCAUCAACUUACUAAUUACAUGUGCAUGCUUGAGUUUUGUGGAUACACUUGAAAAAUGGUGCAGAAUUUGUCAAAAGGAUAUUGAUGAUCAUUUUCAAAGUGAACCAGUAUCAAGGGCUGUUCUAAUGAUGAUUCGUUCUCCAUGUAAUUCCAUCUCCUCACACACUAGAUUCUUAUUAUCAGAUGUACUGAAGGUGAAAGGCAUGCCAUGCUUGAAAAGCUUACUACAUACUCUAGAUUAUACAUCAUCCCUAGAAAGCUAUGGAUCAUUUGAUAAACUUCAACUGGUUAUUAAUUUAAUUGGGUUUACUUGUCUUUCAAGUUUACCACAAUACCCAAGAUGUAUCAUUGAGAGCAAAGGGAUAAAGGUAGUUGUUCUUCUUCUGAAACGAUGCUUAAAUAAUGACAUUCAUAUUGAAAGGCAAAACUUUACUCCUCAUUUGUAUACAACAUGCCAUGAAAGGUCUUGUUGCUUUUUUGAUAAAGAAGAUUGGGAAGGCUCCAAUGUUCUCUUCUUUUAUAGUUUGUUGGGCUUAACUGAAAUUCUUCAUCAUUGUGACCUUUUACAAGAGAAUUCUCCACAGUUUUCUAGAGAGGUGACAAACAUUACACCACAAUUAGUUAGCAAACUUCAAGAGAUCUGUAAAAGAAAAUCUUUCAGUCCUGGUGUGAGAUGGUAUGUUUCUUAUAUUCUAACUUAUUUUGGAUAUUAUGGUUUCCCAAGUGAAUUAGCCAAAAGGAUCCGAGAAUCUCUCAAUAAGGAAGAAUACUCAGAUAUGAAGCUUGUCUUAGCAAAUGGGGAAUCUCUAAAUGUUCAUGUUGUUAUUCUUGCUGUUCGAUGUCCAUCACUACUGCCUCCUCAAUUGUUAAAGAGUUCUAAAGAGAUACCAGAUGAGUUUGUCAGAGAGACCGUGAGAGAAGUUCGUCUAUCUUCUCAUGUUGAUUAUGAAGCAUUGGUAUUGUUGUUGGAAUAUGUAUACUUGGGAUACUUACAUGCUAGUGAAGAAACAGCAAAGAAGCUAAAAAUUCUUGCUAAGCGCUGCAAUCUACAGCCUUUGUUCCAAAUGCUUCAUAGGCAGCGUCCAAAAUGGGGCUUACCUUUCCCCAGCGUUAAUCUUACUUCAGCUUUUGGUUUAGCUGGAAGUUGUUUUUCGGAUGUCAUAUUGGCAGCUAAAUCAAAUGAGCUUGUUGGGUGGACAUGCGAUAUUUGUUCUGACACAGUACCCCAUAUGCAUGUUCACAAAGUUAUAUUGCAGUCUGGUUGUGAUUAUCUACAAGGUUUGUUCCGGUCAGGAAUGCAAGAAAGGGGAAAGAACUCCUGGAUGUUUUAGAAGAAUUCAAGGGUUUUUCAAGCAGGUGAUGGGGUUACGCCGAAAAGGGAUUCUGAGCAUGUGAUUGAAAUGGAAGUUGGUACAAGGGCCUGUGAAUGUUAGCUUGUAACAUUAUCUGCUCCUGCUCCUGCACAACAUAAGAUUGAUAAACAGGUUGCUGAUUUACUACAACAGGGAGCAAUUUGACAUAGCUCAAAUUCUUUCUCCUGAUAUUAGUUAAGAAAAAAGACUACUCUUGGUUGUGCAUGUUUUAAUAAAGUAAUAAUUCUUGACAAGUAUCUUAUUCUUGUAGUGGGUGAACUUUUAGAUGAAUUAAAUGAAACUUGUUAUUUCUCAACUUUGGAUCUCAAGUUUGGUUAUCAUCAUAUUCGAGUGUGAGAACAUGACAUCCAUAAAAUGGAAUUUAGAACUUAUGAAUUUGGCUUGAUGAAUGCUCCGACUAGUUUUGAACCUAUAAGUUUUUAAAACUAAUUUAAGAAGGUUCGUGUGUGCAUUUUGUUUAUGGCAUCCUUGUGUACUCCAAGAAAUGACAAGUGAGUUUAUUGCACAUUCAGUAAGUGUUACAAUAGUUGCAGAAUAUUUACUUUGUAGCCAACAAGAAGAAAUAUACCUUUGUGAGGAAACAAUGAGUAUUUGGGUCAUUAUCAGGAGUUACCAUGGAUCCUGCUAAGGUGGGAAGUGCGGUGGAGUCACCAAUCCUUCAUAAUGUCAAAGGUGUAAGAGGGGUUUUGGAGUUUACCAGUUAUUGUAGUGUAGGAACUUCAUUUAAGGGUAUGGAUUUACUUAUCGUAGGUGAAAUAAAAAGUUAUUAGGGUCUCUAAAUUAUGUAAUUAUGUAGUAUAGAGCACAACCUAAGUUGAUUAUCCAAGGACACAUACUAAAUUGUAUUCAAUCUUUAACAUUUUUGUCAUAAAAAUUAAAAUUGGGGAUUUAAGGAUUUAAAAAUGAAAAAUGGAAAACAAAUUAAGAGAUUAGAAGCGAAAUCCAGAGAUAGAAAAUUGAUCAAUCCACAAAUUCAAAUUACCAAGCAAUUCAAAAAUCAUAGUUCCCUAAAGAUUUAAUCCAAGUUUGAACAUUUAACCUAGUUCAAUCAAUCGACUAAACCAAUUAUAUGAAUUGAAUCUCAAUAUCUUUCAAUACAAUUCAUAUUUAGUUAUCAAAUCAAGAUUCAAUCAAUUCCUAAUUUGAAUUCUAAUUUCAUAAAUGCAAAUUGAUAUCACAAAGGGCAAAAUCGAAAUUAGGGAAGAGAAGAACAAACUCAGAGUGAAGAACAAUCAAUACAAAAACUCAAUUCGUAUUGUUUGAUCUUGAUUCCAAGAAUUGAUCAAAAAUUUAGUUCUCCAUUAUUCAACAUAAAAAUCGAGAAUAGAAAGAAAAGGAGGAAAACUAAAACUCUAAAAACUAUGCAAUUAAUUUUUGUCUAUUUGUUUAGUAAUAGUUUACCUUGGGAUGAAUUUUAGCAUUAUACUACAUAUCAUAUCUCCACUGUUCUGACCCGUUUAAGGUUGUUUGUGGAAGAAAUCCACCAUCAGUUAUACGAUCCUUUCUGGGUGAUUACUAAAUUAGAAGCUGUAGCACAAUAUCUUGGACAGAGAUGAAACUUUGUUGUUUGAAGUAAAAUUUUGAGUAAAGCAUGAAAACAGAUAAAAAAAAUUUGCUGAUAAAAGGCAUAGGAUGCAGUCAUUUGAAGUGUGGAAGUGGGUUUUUCUCAAACUGCAUCCUCAUAAAAAACAAUUGGUGGCAUGCCGCAUUAAUUGAAAGCUCUCCCCUUGAUUUUAUGGUCCUUUUGAGUUGAUUGAAAAGUUAGGAGUGGUUGCUUAUAAAUUGCAGUUGCCUCUUUCUAAGGUCCAUUAUGUCUUUCACGUGUCCUAAAAAGGGCCAUUGGAGAGUACACUGCAGAGGCCAAUCUGCCAUCGGAAUUAGAGGUGGAACCUGAUGACCACAUUGUACCUGGGCAUGUUUUGAGCAGUAUAAUUGUUAUACAGAACAAUUGUCCCAUCAAACAAUUUUUGGUAUAAUGGAAAGGUUUGCUAUUGAGGAUGCUACAGGGGAAGAGGAGCACAAUUUGCCUGUCAAUUUCCUCAUCUCAACCUUGAGGACAAGGUUGCUCUCCUAGUGGAAGGAAGUGAUAGAACACUGGACCAGAUUGUCGGCCCAAAUGUUGAGAGACCCAAAACAUGGUGUAAACGGGUAGAAACAAGAGAGCAGAAUAGAAGGGUGCUGAGUUGGCAAAAUUCUGUUAGGGGAGUGUAGAGUAGGAAUAUAGGAGAACGUGGGAUAGUGGAAUCACUUACGAUUUGGGUUAUUGUUAGGAGCUUAGGCUCUGUUUUUCAUUAAAUAAUAUGCCGUUUUCAGUAUAUUUAUUGAGAGUUCUAUCAAAUGCCUGAUAAGACCUUUGGGCCCCAGGCCUUGUAAACCCUGCACUAAAACUUCUAAUGUGGGACUCAACUUCCACCACAGCUUGAAAUUAUAGAUCAAGAUUGAUAUUUUUCUCUUCAAAAACAUAUUAACUUUCCUUUGGAGACUCACUAAUGGUGUUCUUAAUCCCUUGGAAGUAACGUGGAAUCAUGUUGUCAUGAUGGUUUGCGUUGUUAUGUUCUUCCAUGUUAACUUCAUUUCAAUUCUCAAGUUAGUCUAGGAUAUACAUGCAAAUCAGGUGUGAGAAUUUUUCAUUUCUAUUGGACACUUUGCAAGCCUCUUUGCUUUAAUUUUUGUUUCCUUCUACACUUGGAUUCUGUCUCCUAUGGGUCUCUCUUAAAUGUUAUUCACUCAUUG